AUGGGAAAGGAUACACUGUGGUACUUGAAUCUUUCUUACAACUCGAUAAGUGGGUUUGAGAUGCUUCCAUGGAAAAAUGUAGGAAUUCUAGAUCUUCAUUCCAACUUGUUGCAAGGAGCACUUCCAACUCCUCCAAAUUCUACAUUUUUCUUUUCAGUCUCCCAUAACAAAUUGAGUGGAGGAAUCUCACCUUUGAUUUGCAAAGUGAGUUCCAUCAGAGUUCUUGAUUUGUCUAGUAACAACUUGAGUGGGAUGCUUCCUCAUUGUUUGGGGAAUUUUAGCAAAGAUCUAUCUGUUUUGAAUCUACGAAGGAAUCGAUUUCAUGGCACCAUUCCUCAAUCAUUUUUAAAGGGCAAUGUUAUUAGGAAUCUUGACUUCAAUGAUAAUCGAUUGGAAGGCCUAGUACCUCGAUCUUUGAUCAUUUGUAGAAAACUUGAAGUUCUAAACCUUGGGAAUAAUAAGAUAAAUGAUACAUUUCCCCAUUGGUUGGGUACUCUUCCAGAGUUGCAAGUCCUUGUUUUGCGCUCUAAUAGUUUCCAUGGUCAAAUAGGGUGUUCCAAACUCAAAUCCCCAUUCAUGAGCCUAAGAAUCAUUGAUCUUGCUCACAAUGAUUUCGAGGGUGACUUGCCUGAAAUGUAUUUGAGAAGUUUGAAAGGAACAAUGAAUGUAGAUGAAGACAACAUGACCAGAAAAUAUAUGGGGGGCAAUUAUUAUCAAGAUUCUGUAAUGGUGACAAUCAAGGGGUUGGAGAUUGAAUUUGUGAAAAUCUUGAAUGCUUUCGCAACAAUUGAUUUAUCGAGCAACAAAUUCCAAGGAGAGAUUCCACAGUCCAUUGGCAAUCUUAAUUCACUUCGAGGGCUCAAUUUAUCUCAUAACAACCUUACAGGACACAUUCCAUCAUCUUUCGGAAAUUUGAAGUUGCUUGAAUCACUGGACCUCUCUUCAAACAAGCUAAUUGGGAGUAUUCCUCAACAAUUAACAAGUUUAAUAUUUCUUGAAGUUUUGAAUCUUUCCCAAAACCAUCUCUCUGGAUUUAUACCUAAAGGUAACCAGUUUGACACUUUUGGAAAUGAUUCAUACAACGGGAACUCAGAGUUGUGUGGAUUUCCAUUGUCAAAGAAAUGCAUAGCUGAUGAAACACCGGAGCCUUCAAAAGAAGAAGAUGCAGAGUUUGAAAAUAAAUUUGAUUGGAAAUUCAUGUUGGUGGGAUAUGGAUGUGGAUUGGCGUAUGGAUUGUCUCUUGGGGGUAUCAUUUUUUUAAUUGGGAAACCUAAAUGGUUUGUCUCGAUUAUUGAAGAGAAUAUUCAUAAGAAGAUCAGAAGGUGUAAAAGGAGUACUUGUCGGCAAGGAGCAAGAAGAAACUGA